GGAUAUGCCCCGAGAGCUGAUGACAUCUUGCUCACUGGCUCUAGUGCAAGCUUGAUCACAAAUUUUAAGAGCUACUUAUAUGAGGCCUUUACCAUCAAAGACUUGUGGCUUUCCUGUUUUUGCCUUGGCCUAGAGAUUCUCAGAACUCCAGAGGGA